CAGAUAUUUUGCAAAAUAUUGGCAAAGGGGUGCACAACACGCAAAUAGAGAGUGGACAUAAAAGAGCUGAAAUAGCAGAAAAGGAACGAGUCGUUCAUAUUUACCUACGCUGAAAUAUAUCUCAUCCACAUCGAAUAGGGAAUUUGGUGUGCCAAUCUGUGUGCGAAAUAGGAUCCAUUCAAGAACUUAGUUGUUAUUAUGAAGAUUUUAUGGCAGUUUUGGUCCUCUUCAGCAAAAUAACAAGUAGGGUCGUAAAAUAAAAUCCUCGUACGUACACCGACCGACCGACGGAGAGCGUUCUUGUUAAUAAUAAGUACUUCCUUUUCUCGUUGUCUCUCUGUCUCUCUGCCGUCGUGUCGUGGUGUCAUUAUUCCGACUGCGUUCUUCUCCGUUCCAUUGACUCCGUGUCGGGUUAAAUAACUUCUUUAAUAAAUAUUUAACGGGUUGGUGGUGAGGUUAUCAAGAUUGCGAGAGAGGUUAGGUUAGCGAGAGGAUUGUUAGGGCUGGAAGAAUAAUAUCUUACUUACCACAGACAGGGGAAGUAUUUAUUUAGGAGGAUAAUUUCCAUUCUCAUAAUUCCAGUUGCAUCAAGACAUGAUCACUUUUAUAGAAAAGUAGUGAGUCUAACUGAGGUAGAUAAGUAGUUGGGGAAAUUGGGAUUUUUGUUGUUCGGAUUGCAUAAGAUUUUGUGGUUAAGCGAGGUUAGGAUACUUAUUUACAAUUUUUUUUGGAGGAUUUAGUGUAGAUUUGAGAAAUUGUGGUACAAUUGUAAUUGUACUUUUGUAGUAGGAAUUGUAGUAAGAAAGAAAGUUAAGGUAUUUAUUGCAGAUAAUUGAGGAAAAUGGGAGGUUAGUUGUAUAUUUUGUGUGUAAGCGGAGCAAUUGUUGGUACAGAUUUACAAUUUUUAUUUAGAGAAAUAAGUUUCUGGAAAAGAUGGAAUUCGAGUUGGAAAAGGGGUUCUUAUUUUUUGGAAAUUCGUGUCUCUGUUAUCCACAUUUUUUCUUUAGGUAGCUAGAUUUAAGUGUGUGUUAAAUUAGGGUAGGUGGUCAAUUUUUAGGCAGAAUUAUGCGAGGUUUUCUCAUUUUGGCGUUUCUCUCUUCUGUUGGCGUCGUGACCGGGGAGGAGGCGUCGGAAGAUCAGCGGGUUCCGAAGAUCUGUGACCGGAUAACUAUCUGGCAUUGGCACCAGUUUGAACAGUUUCUUCGUGGGUGUACAGUGAUUGAGGGAUCUCUCCAAAUCAAUAUUUUAUUCGAUUCUGUAAACGAUGUGGACAGUGCGACCUUUUCUAGCCUAAGAUUUCCUGAGCUGAAGGAAAUUACGGGGUUUUUGAUGGUGUUUUUUACGGAAAAUAUUGUCUCCCUGUCGGCCAUGUUCCCGUCUUUGUCGGUCAUCCGGGGACAAGAACUCGUGGAGAAGUAUGCACUCGUGAUUAGCAAAAUGCCUGACAUGGUGGAGGUGGGGCUCGUUUCCCUUACGCACAUCUUCAACGGAGGGGUGUGGAUCGUGGGGAAUGACAAGUUAUGCUUUGUCGACAGUAUCGACUGGCAUGCGAUUUCCGGUCCGAAUAAGAACAGCAGUGGGGACAUAAUCGUGCGAAAAAAUGGCCAACAGUGCUCCAACUUUUGUUCGAAACGGUGCAAAUAUUCGGUGAAGGAUGCGAAAAGACAGUUGUGCUGGAGUGAGGGACGUUGCCAAUUGUCCGCGACGCAAAGUUGUCCCAACUGUUCGGAAGAAACGUACUGUUUUGGACGAGACUCUUCCGAGGAGUGUUGCCAUUCUGAGUGUGCUGGAGCCUGCCACGGACCGGAAGCGAGUGAUUGUGAAGUGUGCAAAAAUGUGGGGUUGGUGGAAGGUGGGGGGAAAGUCACGUGUCGAGAGAGCUGUCCACCAAAUUACUUUGAGUAUUUGGAGAGACGCUGCCUAACGCGGACUGAAUGUUUGAACAUUUCCUCCACGGCGCCCAACAACCAUCCCACGAACCCACAGGAAAUCCUGCGCGGAAAGAUUUACAAGGGUGACCGUGACCUCUGCGUGCUGGACUGUCCGCUGGGCUCGCAGCAAAGCAGGGACGGCUCGGUGUGCGUGCCCUGCGAGGGUGGAAGGUGUCACAAGGUCUGCGAGGGGGGCACGGUGGACACGAUCGAAGCCAUGCGACGGUACAGUGGGUGCACCAGGGUGGGGGGACAAGUGGGAUAUCUCAAGAUCCACUUCAGAAGUCACAGCACGAGCAGCGACCCUUCGGGCACUCUGGUAUCACUGCUGAAAGAUAACCUUGGCCAGAUUGAGAUAAUUGACGAUUAUCUCCUCGUCUCCCACACGUACGCACUCUACUCGCUCGACUUUCUCGAAUCGCUCAGGGUCAUCGGGGGAAAAGUCUUGUCGGACAACAGCCACGCCCUCGUCAUAAAAUCGAACGAGAACAUGAAGGCUUUGUGGAGUCAGGAGAAGCGUGUCGAAAUUGCGAACCCGGAAGCGAGAAUUAUGUUUCAUUACAAUCCUCAACUCUGUCCCGACAAGAUUUACAAGUUUCUCUCAAGUUCUGGAGUUAACGCGAAUCUGAGCAAGAAUCCGAUGGACAUUGGAAUCACGAAUGGGGACAAAGUCAACUGCAACACGAAAGAGCUGAAGGUCCGCCGUCCCAAAGUGAACUCGACCUGCGUGACCUUGCAGUGGGAGAACUUCCGCCUCAACCUGACCGAGCCGAGUUACCUUCUGAACUACGAGAUCCACUACAAAGUGACGUCCUCCUCCCGGGACGAGACCAAGCUCGCCUUCCGCGACCCUUGCGGCCAAGACGGCUGGAACAUUAUGGACGUGUCCCCCCUCCGCGAUGCGAACGGGGCCAAACCGCACGAAAGAUUUGAUGGACAGCCUGCCCAGGAAAAUCCGGUGACGAUUUGUCACCUCUUGUCCUACACGAAUUACGCCUUUUACAUCAAAGCCGUCGUCCUUCCGGCCUCGUUGUACGCCUCGAACAACAACACGGGCGCGGAGUCGAGCAUCAUUUACGUGAAAACGGUCUACGGCGUGCCCGAGAGUCCGGCCGACUUAACGUUGCAGAGUCAAAGUCCGGACACGAUCUCUGUCACGUGGACGCCGCCCCUCCGGACGAACGGGCCACGGACGAACGUGACUUAUUUCAAGAUCUCACUAGGAAUUAGGGUGGAGCCGAAUGGGACGAAGGGUGGUGGUGGGACCCAUCUGGGCGCAACGGAAAGUCUGCCGACGGAUCUGUCGGGAUAUUGUGAGUCGGAAUCGGGGUCGGGAAAAAGUGGAGGAAGUUCGACGCCACCUUCGGCGGCGCGAAGACCGCUGAUAAGUCCGCAGUUUUCUACGACGUUGAGACCGAUAAGCCAUACGAAGAAUAGGGAAUAUGGGGAGGACAGCGAUAGUAAAAGUUAUGGAAUACAAGAAUCCGAAAUGCUCCACGUGAUUCUGGGGAACCAUUUGUUCACGGGCGUCGGGAUCAGCCCACCCUUCGCCAGCGGACCGAAUGACCACGACGUCGGGGACGAAGGAGGAAGAAUUCGAUCGAGAAGAAAACGUGACACGUUGACAAACUUUGGCAACAUUUCUGACCCCACGGUUCGAAACUUGGCCGACCAGUACAAAGUGAUUGAAGAAGUGAUUGAGUACUUUAACGCAUCCGCUAUUUCGUACACCCAUCAGUUCAAAAACUUGAAACAUUAUACGAACUACCACAUCGUGGUGCAAACUUGUAGAAAAGGUAUUUGUUCCGAUCCUCGCGAAAACCUGAUUCGGACCGCGCCCUCGCCAAGCGCCGACCUCGUGCAGAACAUAACCCACGCGAUGGUGAACUCUACCCUGCACCUGAGCUGGGACGAGCCCUCCUCCCCCAACGGGGCUAUUCUCGCGUACAUCAUCACCUUCAAGGGGCAAAAGUACUGCAUCUCUCGGGACGCUUUUCUGCUCCAGGGGGACUCCUACAUUCACCCGGAACCUUUGUACGCCGGGGGAAAUUAUAGCGUGCGGAUCCAGACGAAAUCCAAGUCUGGAAUUUCGCCCCCUUCCAACCCCGUCUUCGUCCUGGUGGAGGACAUCAUAGCCAAACAGGCCGCGUCGAGCCAGUCCUCCCUUCAAAAUCCGACCUGGCUUUACUUUCUCGGCCUCCUCCUCAUCUUUUUUGUGACCGGACUUGGCGUAAAUUUUGUGUUCAUGCACCAACGUGCGAAACGAAGAAGAGACCGGAAAAAGCUGUUCGUCUCCCUGAACCCGGAAUACACGCCGAUCGUGCACAUCCCGAGAAAGUGGGAGAUCCCCCGAGAGAACUUGGAAGUGAAGAGGGACGAGAUUUUGGGAACGGGGUCCUUCGGCACCGUGUUUUUGGGGGUGUGGAAGAAAAAAGUGGCGCUCGAGGGGGGGUCGGGGGGCUCGUCGUCGUCGGGGUGGUCGAAGAGCAAGACGAAACUGACAAAGGUGGAGAUUCCCUGCGCGGUGAAGGAGCUGAACGAGGACACGCCGUCGCUGGACAAGGCGGACUUGCUGAAGGAAGCGCUACUCAUGACGAGGCUGGAUUGUCCCCACGUGAUCAAAUUGUUGGGGAUCGUGUCGCUUCUGCAUCCCAUUCUGGUGGUGAUGGAAUACAUGCCGUUUAAGGAUUUGAGGUCGUAUUUGAUUUCGAUGAGGCCGAAUUCGAGUUGUGGGGGGGAGGGGGAGGGGGGAAAUUCGAGCGAUCCGCUGUUAACGACGGGAGAGGGUGAUGGGUCGCAGGGUCGUCUCACGCCGGCAUUCCUCUUAUCCAUCGCGGCUUCGGUGGCGGAUGGGAUGGCGUACAUUCACACGCGCGGCUACGUUCACCGCGACCUGGCCGCGCGGAAUUGCAUGGUGGACGGGAAUCUGCGCGUGAAAGUGGGCGACUUCGGGUUGAGCAAGGAGAUGUGCGAUUACUACAGAUUGCACAGCAGGGGACGCUUCCCCUUCAGGUGGAUGGCGCCCGAGUGCUUUCUGGACAACUUGAUAACGUACAAGUCGGACGUGUGGUCCUAUGGCGUGCUUCUCUAUGAAAUCGCGUCCCUUGGCGCAGUCCCGUAUCAUCAGUUUAAUAAUCUGCAAGUGAAACAAUUUGUGUGCAGCAGACAAACUUUAGAAAUGCCGGAGACGAGUCCACCCCUCAUUCUAAGGAUCGCUCAGGACUGUUUCAACUACGUGAAAGAACAGAGACCGAGUUUUCUCCAGAUUUUAGAAAGACUGAUGGUGGAAGCACACACCCCGGAAUUCGAAGCCAUUUCCUUCUACCACAGCGAGGACGGGGUUUCUGCGAGGAACAAGGAAAUCUUUGACGUUGCCUUUUUCAACGGGGAAAUCACCAUCGUGGACACGACCAGCAGCGGUUCGGACACGAUCUACGUGGGCAUGGAUGACCCCACAAGAACGCUCCAAAAUGUGGAAGAAGAUAACGUCACAAUUCGAGAAAACAGCAGUGACAAUGAAGGGGACGAGAGAAAAUUAGGAGUAAAGUGGAAAGUUGAGACGGCCCAAGUGCAUUUUUCCUCCCCGUAGAAAGAAGGAAAGCAGCCAUUAUUAUUCCAAGAGUUCAAUUUGUAAAUUAUAUUAAAGAAUAAUUGAGAGACAAAUUAGAUUUAAGGUUAAUAUUUAACUAGAGGUGGGCAAAAUACUGAGUCAAAAUGGAGUAUUUUGAGCUCUGUUCUUCCCAGGGUUUGGAUUUCCGGGGCUGUUACACCCACAAAAAGACGAAAAUCUACGCGGACAACGCAACAGUCGUACGAAAAUACAGGUUUGUUGAAGAAACUUUAUAUUUAUCGCGGCCAAAACACAAUAUUGUGUGACUGUUGUCUUUUCUACGUAGUUUUUCGUCUUUUUAUGGGUUUUCCAGCCAUGAAAAUCCAAACCCUGGGAAGAACGGAGCUCAAAAUACUGUAUUUUGACCAAGAAUUUUGCCCACCUCUGAAUUAUUUAAAUGAAGAAAGUUGAAGGAAUAAUAAGUUGUUGAACUGGAUUUUUAAGUAGCAUAAUAUUUAUGAUUUAAUAAUGUGUGGCAAACUAGUGUACUCGGGUGACAAAAAUAUUUAUGAAAUGGGUGCAUGCAUGUAAUCCCUGUCGCAUAAAAAUCGCGUAAAAUCCAGUUUUGCUUAUGUAACUGAGGAGUUGAACUUCCCGUCUCCGUCGGACGAGAAUCAUCGAGAUUAUCAUAAUUUAAGGGAAUCUGUCUGUAAUAUGCAUCUCUGUCAAAUGUCAGCUCUUUGCAGGCUGACCACUAACUUCUGCUACCUGACUUUUCCUGCCUCUUAUUUCCUAUGCAUAUUUACAUAGACUGCUCUCUUAUAUAAUGUGUAUAUUGUUCUUCAAUAUUUAGAAAAAUAAAGCUACUUUAUUUCUGA